GAGAUAUAAAAAGGAGGAAAGAGCAGGAGGGAGGGUUCCAGCUGCCCUGAUCAUGAGCCCUGCCCUGCUGCUGGCCCUCCUGGGCAUCACCGUGCCCCGAGUGCAGGCCCUGACCUGCUACCGGGGGACACUGGUGUCCGUGAGGAGUGCCUCGGAACUGCCCCUCCAGUGGACGACUAGCCAGGAACACUGUGAGGAUGGCUGGAGCUGCCAGGAGGUUCUGAUGCUGAUGGAGAACGGACCCCACGUGUACGUGGUGCUCAUCAAGGGCUGCACCCAGGCAGCCGAUCACGAGGCCCUCGUCACCCAGCACAGGGCAGGCCCCGGCCUGUCCAUCGCCUCCUACACCCGGGUGUGCCGGGAGAACCUGUGCAACCACCUCUCCACCAGCCUCCCUCUCUGGGCCCCGCCCCUACCCACAGCCCUGGGGUCUGUGCGGUGUCCAGUCUGCUUGUCUGCCGAAAGCUGUGGGUCUGCAGCAGAGCUGACCUGUCCCGCCGAGAGCGCACACUGCUACAGUGGGGUCCUCCUGCUCAGUGCUGGGAGCCUCACCACCCAUCUAAAAGUCCAGGGGUGCAUGUCCCAAGCAGGCUGCAACCUGCUUAAUGGGACUCAGGAAAUCGGGCCCAUCAGUCUGCGGGAGACCUGUGAUCCUAAAGCUAUUCUGACCUGUCAUCGGGGGAACAUGUUUCGGACUUCUCAAGACCUGACUCAGAAACCUGUCACAUGGUCCGCGAAUAGCGAGCAGCUGUGUAAUCUUGGGGAGGUGUGUCAGGAGACGCUUCUGCUCAUAGAUGUAGGAAUCAGAUCACUCCUGCUGGGGAGCAAAGGCUGCAGCAAGGCCAGGACACAGGGUUCCCAGGCUGUGUCCAUACACACGGGGCCCCCCGGAGUGCUCGUCGCCUCCUUUGCCCGGUUCUGCUCUUCCGACAAGUGCAACUCGGCUGCCAGCAGCAGCGUCCUGUUGAACUCCCUCCCUCAUCCAGCUCCCCCUGCCCCGGGAGACCUGCAAUGUCCCACCUGUCUGUCCAUCUUUGGAUCCUGCACACAAAACUCUGAUAUUGUGAGGUGUCCUAAGGGCACCAGUCAUUGUUACAAGGGUCACAUUGCUCUCAGGGGAGGUGGGCUGACCUCCCCAGUGAACAUCCAGGGCUGCUUGGCCCAACCUUCCAGCUCCUUGUUGAACGGUACCAAGAAUAUUGGGGUCUUUUCCGUGAUUGAGGACCAUGAUAAAGCUAUAGUGCCCGAUGGAGCUGCCCCUGCCCCCGACCUGGCUUGGGUGGGAGGGCUGGGACUAUCCCUAGCCCUUUGGUGUGGGGCGCCCUCCCUGCUGAUCCCAUUUCCCCAUGAUUCUUAGCCCCUGCUGACCCCCUAGCCCCACCCCUCCCUCUGACCUCAUAACUAAACAGCCUUGGACACUGAAUUAUUUCCCAGUCCUCUACACGAGUUAUCACCCACACACACCCCCCGCCCCCACAUACUGUAUGACCUGACGACAGGGCCUCGGAGCAGCUGAGCUUGCCCUGCGGGAGGGUGGACAUUCAGGCAGUGGCCCCGUGUGUGCGAUAAUAAAGACAUUGUC